AGUAUUUAUACACUUUUACCAUCCAUCUUGACAUCACCAAUUCAAUCUGCCACUGAUCAUAAUAUGAUGAAGCAAAAUCUAUUAGUGAAAAUAAUCACUCUUCUCCCUUGGCUUAUUCUUUUCUUCAUUAUAACAGGAGUGGAAGGAGCAAAAAAGUCACAUGGAGCAUACAACAAUACAAACUCUUUAAAACUGUUUGUCUUUGGGGACUCCUAUGUUGACACAGGGAAUUUCUUGAACUCAGGAUCUUAUAAUCCUCCUUAUGGAAUCAGUUUUCCUGGUAAACCGUCUGGAAGGUUCUGCGACGGUCUUGUCCUCACCGAUUACGUUGCUUCCUUUUUGAAAAUAAAAUCCCCCACACCGUAUGCAUUGAGAAAUUCCACAGAAGUACAAUAUGGUCUGAACUUUGCACAUGGAGGGACUGGUAUUUUCAAUACUUUGGUUGAUGGACCAAACAUGAGUGUACAAAUAGACUCAUUUGAGAAGUUAAUACAACAAAAUGUCUAUACCAAACAUGACCUUGAAUCCUCAAUUGCACUUGUUAACGCUGGCGGUAAUGACUAUGCUACAUUUGUACUCAAGAAUGGGAGCUUUCAGGAUAUAUUUGUCUUCACUGAAUCCCUUAUAAAGCAAAUGUCAUUGAAUCUAAAACGUAUUCACGAGUUGGGAAUAAACAAAAUAGCAAUUGGUUUAUUAGAGCCUAUUGGAUGUGUGCCUAUGAUAACUAUGAGAUCUUCUUAUGAAAAGUGUGAUGAGACUUCCAACUUGGUUUCCCAAAACCAUAGUCAAAUGUUGCUCCAAAUUGUGCAACAACUAAACAAGCAAAUGGGAAAAUCGGUCUUCAUGACACUAGAUCUCUACAACUCUUUCCUCUCCGUAAUUGCAAAGAUGCAGAAAAGGCGAGCUGAAAACUCAACAGUGAUGAAUCCGUUGCAACCGUGUUGUAAGGGAGAGGAUUUGAAAUAUUUUUGUGGAAGUGUUGAUGAUAAAGGAGCAAGGAAAUAUAGUGUAUGUGAGAAGCUUGAGUCUUCACUCUUUUGGGACACAGUUCACCCUUCUCAAAAUGGUUGGUAUGAAGUUUACCUGAUGUUGCAGUCUUCUCUCGGUCAACUAAUUCAAGAGAAAAACUUUUGAUCAUUAUAGAUUUGUAUCAUUUUAGCACCCUCAGCUUAAUCAGAACUUACUUUACUAA